GGCGUUUUCUUCUUUGCUCGGUCAUAUGACGUCUUGAUCUUGUGACUGAAAUUUUGUGUAUUUGUUGCUGCUGCAAAACUCUGGUGGUGCCCCGUAUCGCGCAAAAGAAGGCUCCAACAUGCGCUACACACUCGGUUACAUCUUCUCGACGUCGUUCGUGUCGGUCGCGACCGUACUGAUACUGUACCAUGUCCUCACGGGCAAGGGCGAGCGCGUCAGCGUCGGCUGGUUCCUGGAGGAAACCUCCCCGUACAUGUGGGCCACCCUCGGCAUCGGGUUCGCGGUCGCCCUGUCCGUCGUCGGCGCCGCCAUGGGCAUCCACACGACCGGCGUGAGCAUCGUGGGUGGCGGUGUGAAGGCCCCGCGCAUCAAGACGAAGAAUCUGAUCUCGGUUAUCUUCUGUGAGGCGGUCGCCAUCUACGGGCUGAUCACGGCCAUCGUGCUGUCUGGCAUGCUGGACAGCUUCAAGUGGUCGACGAUAGCGGCCAACGAGAACAUCCGCAACAACAACUGGAUGUCCGGUUAUGUAAUGUUUGGCGCUGGACUGGCCGUCGGACUGGUCAACCUGUUCUGCGGUAUCGCGGUCGGUAUUGUAGGAUCCGGUGCGGCCCUGGCCGAUGCCGCCAACUCGGCCCUGUUCGUGAAGAUUCUGAUCGUGGAGAUCUUCGGUUCCGCCAUCGGUCUGUUUGGCCUGAUCGUCGGUAUUUACAUGACCUCCAAGGUGAAGAUGGGUGACAAGGAGUAAGCAGUGGAUAUGUGGAGGGGGAGAUAGAGAGAGAAUGGGAAGGCAAACCACCCGACACACCCGUAUGUUCAAACACAAAGCACAAUUGCCACCUGUCUUGCUCCCCCAGAAAGCGAAAGAUUAUCAAUGAAGUCCUAGCGAAAUGAAUUCCAAAAGUAUUCAACAACCAAUUCAGCCACCUACUAUCGGCCACGAAGCAAAACAAAUGCGAGGACCCCUCAUGGAUGAUUAUGUGUUUAUAAGAUUAUUGUUAUUUAAUUUGCUAGAUCCAAUCCUCGACGGGGGCUGCCCAUAACCGUCACGAGGACAGAACUGUCUGUUUGGCCAUUCCAAGUAUAUAAAGUAUGAUGCACCGUGGCUAGUGUCACCAGAGCUUUCCCAAAGCCGAAUGAUGUGGCGGCCGACGGGUUCCACAGACGGCGGCGACAACAAUUUCUCCACCAAUUUCCGUCACCACCUGUCGCCGUGCUGCUCUGCUCUGCCUGAUAAGAAGAGGGGAAGGAAGAGAACAACCGGAAAUGGGAGGAACAGAAACCGAUCAUCACCACCUUCCCCCUCCUCCCGCGCCAACAGUUGUUGUAUUUUUCUUUCCCCUCUGUACAUUGUUGUAAAUGCCCGUCCGCGAUGAUGGCAAACUUUAGUUUCGUUUCGUUACCCUGCAAUGCUUACUCUUUUACUCCCUUGUACCUGCGCUGCCGGGCAAGGAUUAUCAGUGUGUAUAAACAAAAAGCAAAGAAAAAGUACUUGAUGUAUGUAAACAUUAUUCCACCCCAAACGUUCUCCCCCAACUUAAUAAAGAAAGUAAAGUAGCUUAAUUGUGAGAAUCGAUCAAAGAAUUAUGCGAUGUAUCGAACGCAAUGAGUAUCAGAAUAAAGUUCUCUCCCAAACCAA